CGCGAUUCGGCAUCGAGGGUCGCCGGUCCGCAGUGGGAAUUUCAGUUCGGGUGUCACGGCCGGGGCUUGUGAAUGAGGGGACGUAAUUUAGUUGAGAGCUGUGAAUAAACAUUCGUCGUCGGGACAGCGUGAAUAUUUAAUAUCUCCGUGGGAGUUCAACAUUGGGAUCUGGUGUCGAGGGUAACGGGGCCGAGGAGCGCCGCGAUGGUGUUUUAUUUCUUGGUUCAACACCAUACACGAUAUACGUGGGCAAGGACAAGUACGAGAAUGAGGAGCUUAUUAAAUACGGCUGGCCUGAAGAUGUUUGGUAAGAACACAUGAAGGUUUCACGUGGACAAGCUGUCUUCAGCACACGUGUAUCUACGCCUGCAGAAGGGUCAGACCAUGGAUGACAUCCCCACGGAGGUGCUCAUCGAUUGUGCUCAGCUCGUGAAGGCCAACAGCAUCCAGGGGAAUAAAAUGAACAACAUCGCCGUGGUCUACACGCCCUGGGGCAACUUGAAGAAGACGGCAGACAUGGACGUGGGGCAAGUUGGCUUCCAUAAGCAGAAGGAGGUGAGGACGGUGACCGUGGAGAAGCGCGUGAACGAGAUCAUGAACCGGCUGAACCGCACGCGGGAUGAACGGCUCCCGGACCUGGCGAGCGAGCGCGAGGAUAGGGACCGCGAGGAGCGCGGCGAGAAGAAGGCCCAGCUCCAGGAGCAGAAGCGCAACGAGAAGGAGGAGACGAGGAGGAAGAGGGAGCAGGAGGAGCUGCGGAGCUAUUCGGCACUCAUGAAAGAAGAGAACAUGACCUCAAACCAGGAUGGAAACGACUCCGACGAGUUCAUGUGACUUCCAGGAGUGCUGCAACCGGGAGCGUGGGACGUUAUGGGCAAGGAGGGAGCGGCAGUGGUUAGCGCACGCGCUUGCCUACCUCACGGUGCGGUUUACUCGUGUGGUGGAAAGGGCUCAGCAUCUGGGGCACCCGUGGGGGGUGAAAUGUUCACUACCUCGCCAUGUAUGCAGGAAGUUUUGGGUUCAGUUCCGACCCUGACACCUGGAUAUUUGGAGUUUGCAUGUACUCCCCAUGAUCGCGUGGUUUUUCUCCUGGUCCUCCGGUUUUUCCCUCCACUUUUAGAAACAUGCAUUUUAGAGUAUUUGGCUUUCACAAAUUUCCACACGAUAAGCCACUUGGGCAAACAUUUUCCGCUAGGUCAGGUUUGAAAUGAGCUAUAUAACUCGGUGGGCCUUACCUGGUAUUUUUUGUUUAUUAAUAGUUUCAUCUGAACUCAAAAGACACCUCGACCCAAAUAACCAAGCAGCCGAUAUCUACUGACUACACACCCCUUGCCUCUGUGCGUCACACGCUAGUGUGAAGGUUCGUUCAUUAAUAAUGAGAAACACUUAAAAGUUUUAGCUCUUCCUCGACGUGUUGCCGGGUUGUGCCGCGUGUUCGGCUCGAUGCCCGACGUUUCCGCCGCAUGUGCCCGGGAGCUUCUUCAGAGUUCGGAAAUUGCUUUGGCUCCUGCAGAAGCUCCCGAAAAGCGGAGCGAAACGUCGGGAUGCCUUUGCCGAAUGAUGCGCGGCGCAAUCUGAAACCUCGUCGUGAGAGCUGUACAGCACAGCGACAAAGAAAACCUACGCAGGUGUACUUCCCAAAAAGAAAUAUUUAAGUGUUUAAAAGUCACGCGUAAAAGCAUUCGCUAAAUAAAAUUAUGGUCCAGCACACCAGCAUCGGGAUGUCAAGCAGGGCUUAAGCCGGCUCCGUCCAGGUAAAUGGCUUGAAAAUAUCUCCUGACCCAGCACGCCACAUCCAGGGUACCUCGCACUACGGCUGUGGCUGCUACUCGUCACGUGCCUACUCUAGUUUACCAGCGAGCUGGAAAAUGUCAAGUGAUAAUUUAAACCCUUGCUGUCGGUGACGUUUUGCAUCCGUUGAUCUAACAGCAUAUGCCAGUGAUGUCGCUGGAUUACCAUAAUGAUGUUCUUGACAAUAACUGUAAAGCAUUUUUGCUUGUUAUUAAAGCCUCAACGUUGAGUCAUAACUCCCUUGGACACCCUGCCUAGGAAUAUACACGAGCCAUUUGUUUUUGGGAUUGCAUUUUCAUUCACGACCUUCCUAGCAUUGAACCAUUUACCCCCUUCCUAGCAUUAAACCAUUUACCCCCUUGUUUUGUACGUGUAUCAGCAUGACAGAAACACAUUCUUGACACUUCCAUUGAUGUGCCAAACAUGGUUAGUGCUGUCGUACCUAGGGCAGAUAUUUCAUUCCGGGUCUGUCCAGGUUGGCGAGGUGGAAAAUAAUUCUGCACUUGGCACGGCACGCCCAGUGUACGUGUGGCUAAGGCUAGUCAACGGGGCCAGCCGGUCUACCAGUGACCCGGAAAAGUUGUGAGAGGCGUGCUCGUAGAACUUCGCCAAACGUGUCCAUCGAAUUCCCGAAGCUGCUCGCAUGAUGUCUGCACUGCUUUGGCAAGCCUAUGGGGUCUUUUUUUUUACAUUUCCUAUUUUGUCAUGUUGCCCACCCUGUUGCGGCAUCAUGUAAUGAGAUAAAUACUCCACGUGGAACUCUCGUAGAGUGGUACAACCCGGAGUGUUUAGUCAACAGCCCGCGGAAGCGGAUACGGCAGAGCUACCUCGGAGAAUCCUUCAAGUGGCCUGUCGUGCACACACUAGGAGACAGCAUCGUCCCGCCUGCCCAGCUGCAGACAAAUGUUCUUUGCAUGGCACUCAAACUGAUAUUUUGAAUCUCACAGCUGGUAUAUAGCCAAAAUAAGGGCAUAAUCAAGUGGGUCCCAUUUUAUACUCAGACCACAGGAAACCGGCCGUCAGAUGCCAAAUGUGCUUUUUGGAAAUAUUUCCCCGUGUUUAAAUGAGAUGUAUUUAAAUCGACGUACAUACGGUAAUGUACAAUCGUUACAUCGUUUUGGGUAUUUUUUUGUACACGUUGAGAUUUUCAAGUUGGUGACUUACUUGGCUGCUUUCUGUUUGGUCUUCUCGCGUGCAUGUUUAUGUUCGACGCUAUCAGAGAUAAUUUUUACCUGUCGGCUUGGGAUUUGGACGAACACUUGUCAAAGAGAGGAACAUGCCUUAAUUGCCGGAUCGUUGGUCAGUGUGCACAAACUUGAAGUUAAUAAAAUCAAACGUGAAUUGCAGGUCUUCGUGAUUUUGAUUUCCGGAAUAAAAGCCAUCGUGUAAA